AAUUGAAGCAACUAUAAAUAUAACUAUAUAAAGGUAGGAGAAAUUGUGUUGAGACAUGAAGGGGCCCCACAGAAAGCCAUGUCGGCGCAUUCUAUCCACACGCCGGAAUAGUCGGGAUUACAUUAUCCAAACUGCCACACUCCCGCCGUCUCAAACGGCAACAACUACUGCUCUUAAAAAAAAAGAAAAAAAGAAAAAAAGAAGCUCAAAAAUGGCGUUUUCCUCCUUCUUAUACUCCCCAAUCCACUUCGCCGUCCCCAAUCCUCUCUCCCACCUCCCCCGCCGCCGCCACCUCUCGGUAACCGCCGCCGUCCCGCCGAUCUCCGACGUGGCGGCGGUGGCGGACGCCCUCGACGGCACGACCAUCGCCGUAAUCGGGGGCGGGUCCGUGGCGGCGCUGGCGGCGGUGCUCUCCCUGUCGGACCCCGAGAAGCGGCGGCAAAUGCAGGCGGAGGAGGUGGGCGGCGGAGACAAGGAGGUGGUGAGGGAGUACUUCAACAACGACGGUUUUCAGCGGUGGCGGAGGAUUUACGGCGAUGGCGACGACGUGAACAAGGUGCAGAGAGACAUCAGGUUAGGGCACUCCAUGACUGUGGAGAACGUGAUGAAGAUGUUGCUGGAUGAGGGGCCCUUGGCCGGCCUCACCGUGUGCGACGCCGGCUGCGGGACCGGCUGCUUGUCGAUUCCGCUGGCCAGGGAAGGGGCGGUCGUCGCCGCCAGCGAUAUCUCCGCUGCAAUGGUGGCUGAGGCUGAGAAACAGGCCCGAAACGAGCUUUUGAAAGGCGAAGACAAGCUUCCUCCCGGAGUGGUCUUGCCAAGAUUCGAAGUGAGCGACUUGGAGAGCUUGAACGGAAAGUAUGACACGGUCGUGUGCUUAGACGUCUUGAUACACUACCCACAAAAUAAGGCGGAUGCCAUGAUUGCUCACCUCGCCUCUUUGGCUGAGAACCGGUUGAUUCUAAGUUUUGCCCCCAAAACAUUCUAUUAUGAUCUGUUGAAGAGAAUCGGGGAGUUGUUUCCCGGGCCUUCAAAGGCUACACGAGCAUAUCUCCACGCUGAGGCUGAUGUCGAGAGAGCGCUGCAAAAGGUUGGGUGGAAGAUACGGAAGAGGGGGUUAACUACUACACAGUUCUACUUCUCUAGAAUUGUCGAGGCCGUCCCUGCAUAGCUUGAGGUUAGAGACCUAUCCUAUUCUUUCUUGCAUCCAAAUCAUGUAUAGAGACAUAGAUUCUGCAUCUCAAUCUUGUAAUGUGUGGAAAAUUUUUGCUAACUCGAUGCAUAUUGUUGGCUACUUUGGUUCUUGCUUUGUGCAUCGUUUCAAAUGUGUACCUACAGUUGGCCUAAAA